AUAAUAACGUGUGUCAUGCUCCCUAAUACAAUAAAUCCUUAAACCCAAUUAAGGCUGCCGCCACUGCUAUCCCUGCCGAAAUCCAAGAUUUGGGUAACUUGCCGCAGUUGAAUCUCCCUGCUACUGUUACUAAAUUCUGAAUCAAAAAUGGUAGAUGGAAUUUGCGCGAAGCUGGCGUAUUGUGAAACAUAACUUCAGUUAUGUAGAAGAACAAGAAGUCGUUUGAUUUUCGAUUUGGUAGAGAACCGUCAAACCUUGAACGUUGGAUUGGGGGCGGUGCACUGUAGACUACGGUUUAGGGUUUUGCCUUCUACCUUCUUUACCAGGCCGUUAUCCAAGCAAUCUUCCGUCCAAACGAUCUCAGGCGCCAAUAUGCAUAUGUUCACUGGUGUGACUGAUACCUACAACGCUUCCCGUCUUUGCUUGAUCAAAACAAAUCCCAGUUUUGUGCAUAGAGCUAGUCAAUCACCUGAAGGAAUUCAUAGACGGGCAAUUUGUAUGGCGUCUACCAUACCGGUAAAGCAUGUCAGGGAGGGCCAAGAGCGGGUAACUGGUGACUCUUUUAUCCGACCCCAUCUACGCAAAUUGUCUCCUUACCAACCCAUUUUGCCAUUUGAAGUUUUGUCGACUAGAUUUGGAAGAAGCCCUGAGGAUAUCAUUAAAUUAGAUGCAAAUGAGAACCCUUAUGGUCCGCCACCAGAGGUUCUUGAUGCUCUGGGAACAUUGAAAUUCCCUUAUGUUUAUCCUGACCCAGAAAGUCGUCGAUUGCGUGCUGCCCUUGCCAAAGAUUCAGGCCUUGAGUCUGAUUAUAUUCUUGCGGGUUGUGGAGCUGAUGAACUUAUUGAUUUGAUUAUGCGAUGUGUACUGGACCCGGGCGACAAGAUUGUGGACUGCCCUCCAACCUUCACAAUGUAUGAAUUUGAUGCGGCUGUAAAUGGGGCACUUGUCAUCAAGGUACCAAGGAAGUCAGACUUUAGCCUGAAUUUAGAACUCAUUGCUGAAGUUGUUGAGCGAGAGAAACCAAAAUGCAUAUUCUUAACUUCUCCUAACAAUCCAGAUGGGAGCAUAAUCAACAAUGAAGUUCUCUUGAAGAUACUGGAGCUGCCUAUACUGGUGGUGUUGGAUGAAGCAUAUAUUGAGUUUUCUGGGCUUGAAUCUAGGAUGGCAUGGGUGAAGAAGCAUGAGAAUUUAAUUGUCCUUCGAACAUUUAGUAAACGAGCUGGUUUAGCUGGACUCCGUGUUGGAUACGGGGCAUUUCCCUUGAGCAUUGUUGAGUAUCUUUGGAGGGCAAAGCAACCAUAUAAUGUUUCUGUUGCUGCUGAAGUUUCUGCAUGUGCAGCAUUGCAGAAUCCCAUCUAUCUAGAGACGGUGAAAGAGGCUUUGGUACAAGAGCGGGAUAGGCUAUAUAAUCUUCUUAAAGAGGUGCCAUUUCUCAAUCCAUAUCCAAGCUACUCAAAUUUCAUUCUUUGCGAGGUUACCUCAGGAAUGGAUGCCAAGAAACUAAAGGAAGACCUAGCAAAAAUGGGAGUGAUGAUCCGUCAUUAUAAUAACAAAGAGCUGAAAGGUUAUGUUCGCAUCUCCGUUGGGAAGCCUGAACACACGAAUGUCCUAAUCGAGUGUCUCAAUCGCCUCUCGCAAUUGCCUCUACCAACUCAUUAGCACUGGUUCUGUUAAAAUUCAUAAUUUGCCGAGGAAAGGAAAUGGAGGUUGAUCAUGUGAAGAGCUAUCCAAGUACAACUGGAUUUAUUCUACUCCCAAGAUUUGCAGUUGGAAUAUGUUUUAAGCCGAUUUUUUUCCAUGGCAUCUGGCAAAUUUUGUCUUCUGAAGCUGGGGAAAAUAUUAUUCACCUGUAAUGGAAUUGCUGGUGAAACCCAUUUAAGUAUUUAUAGGCAUUGGUUCUUCUUGUACUUUCUUCUAAAAACAUAUCUCCGUUUCUUGGCAUGUCUUAACAUCUUUUUUGAUCCCGAGUGGGCCAUUUGAUGUUGUAAUCUAAAUUAUUGUAGGAACAAAUUGAUGAUUUAAAACCCAUUUGUGGGCAUGCUUCAUCA